AUGAUUAACUCUGAUUUGAUAUGCAUUGAAUUGGCAAACAUAAACUCGGUGCCACACUCGCUUUCACUUUCCCUCUCUCUUUCACAUUCUCAUUCACACUCCUACUCCCACUCAUACUUGCACUCACCUCCGCCCACCAGUCGACAUCCACAGUCUCAGACACACGCUCACCUACAGACACACACGCCCUCUCACCUGCAGGCCAACUCGCACUAUUCGCCUCACACACCAACACAACCUGCCCAACUUGCCGUCUCUACCACCGUCUUCACUAGCCCCCCCAGCAGCAGUUGCAGCAGCAAUAGCAACAGCAACAGCAGUAACAGUAGCAGCAGUGGCAGCAGUAGCAGUUCGAGUCCGCCGGGCCUCGGUCUCGGCGUCUACCUCGGAAUGCCGGCGCCUCUGGCCCGUGACCACUGCCACCAUUCGCCCAAGACGGAAGCGCCACCCACCCCAGCCGACAGCCUCAGCCCAACAGCCCACUCAGCCGCCAGACUCGGCCCUCCACCUCUUGGUGCCGUCGCCACGGCAGCCGCCGCAAUGGCUGCAGCCGGUCUCUUCACCUCGGUCGUCUCCGCCGUCUCUAGCCGAGGCGACAGCGACACAAACGCUGACCCCGACACCAACGGCAAUGGCAACGUUAACGGCGAUGGCGAUGGCGACUGUGAUGGCGACGGCGACACCGAAGCGCCUCGUCGUGACUGCCGCUCGACCGGAGUCUCAUCUCAGGCCAUCUAUCCAUCUGCCGUACAUCCCAAAACCGGCCUCCACCUGCCCCACUUGCAGCACUUGGCUCAUCCCCACCAGCCGUCCUACCCCCCUCUCCACCACCUCCAGACACAUCCCCAGCCCCACCAAUUCUCCCAGCUCAACCACCAUCACCACCACCAACAUCGCCAACAUAAUCAGCCUCAACAACAACAACACUUAUACAUGCAGCAGCAGCACUCGCACUUGCACCUCCAGCUGCCGCAUCAGCUGACCCUCCAACCGCCUCUGCCUGCCGCAGCGUCGGAGUCGCCAACAACAUCACCGUCACCGUCACCGCCACCAUCCCCGCUGCCGUUGCCGUUGCCCUCACCUUCGUCCCAGUCUCGGCCACAGCCGCAGUCGCAGUCGCACCAACUGGUGGGGACACACCUGCAACAAGCCCAGACCCUGCCCGCUGGCCACCACCACCACCACCAGAUGGGCUCGUUUCCAUCCGCCUUCCUGUCGCCAGGCCAACUGGUCAGUAGAAACAAAGUGAAGUUUUCGUCUUCAAGCAGCCUUUUCGCCUGCAAGUGA